AUGCGUGAACUCCCCGAGUUCCUGCAGACCGGGGACGAACUUGAGAGAGCAAAGAUGGCAGGCGAAGCAAAGAGGCCAAACUUCCUCAUCGUCGUCGCCGACGACCUGGGCUUCAGUGACACCUCCCCCUACGGUGGUGAGAUCCGCACUCCGGUGCUGGAGAAGCUGUCCCAAGAUGGCAUCAGGAUGACCAACUUCCACACGGCCCCUGCGUGCUCGCCCACGCGGUCCAUGCUCCUCUCCGGUACGGACCACCACAUCGCCGGUCUCGGCCAGAUGGCGGAGCAUAUGCGCCAGAGUGAGGAUCCGAGUGUCUUUGAGAACAGGCCCGGCUAUGAAGGUUAUCUCAACUUUCGUGUGGCGGCCCUGUCCGAGAUCCUCAAGGAUGCAGGCUAUCUGAACAUCAUGUCCGGAAAGUGGCACUUAGGUAUGAAGCCAGAGCACUCGCCAUACGCGAGAGGCUUCCAGAAGGUCUUCUCCUUCCUCGCCGGGUCAGGGAACCAUUACAACUACGAGCCCCAGUUCGACGACCCGCGGUGGAAGCUCCCCUGGCGCGGCCAGCUGUGGAUGGAGAACGACCGCUACGUGGACCGCAAGACGGAGAUCCCCGGCGACUUCUACUCCACCACCUACACGACCGACAGGAUGAUGGAGUUCCUCAAGGGCCGCACCGAGGAGGAGAAGAAGCAGCCCUUCUUCGCCUACCUGGCCUACCUCGCGCCCCACUGGCCGCUCCAGGCCCCGCGCGAGCUCUCGGACACCUACGCGGGCAUGUACAGCGACGGCCCGGACAAGCUCAGCGAGCGCCGCGUCAAGCGCCUGAUCGAGCUGGGCCUCGUGCCCGCGGAUGUGAUCCCGGCCAAGCCGGAGGGCCAUAUCGGCAAGGAGUGGAAGGACCUGUCCGACCUGGAGCGCGCAGAGUCUGCCCGCAAGAUGGAGGUGUACGCAGCCAUGGUCGAGAUGAUCGACCAGGGUAUCGGCCAGGUCGUCGACUACCUUGAGUCGACCGGGGAGCUCGAUAAUACCUUUAUCUGCUUUAUAAGCGACAACGGUGCUGAAGGACUCAUGAUGGAGGCCCUCUCCACGAUGGGCUCCGACACCACCAUGGCGGACAUCAUCAACGCCUACUACGACAACAGCCUGAAGAACAUCGGCGAGAAGGACUCCUUCGUCUGGUACGGGCCGCGGUGGGCCUCCGCCGCCACCGCCCCCUCCCGCGGCUGGAAGGUGUGGCCGACGGAGGGCGGCAUCCGAUGCCCCUGCAUCGUGCGGUACCCGGGAUUCAAAUCCCCGGCGAGGGCCAUCACCCACAAGUUCACCACCGUGAUGGACAUCCUGCCCACGAUGCUCGAGCUCGCCGGCGUCGAGCAGCCCAGGGGCACCUUCCACGGCCGCGAGGUCGUGCCCGUCCGCGGCAAGUCCUGGGUCGCCCACCUGGCGUCGGGCGACUACGAGGGCACCGAGGUCCACGACGAGGACCACCACGUCCACGGCUGGGAGCUCGUCAACCUGCGCGCGAUCCGCCGCGGCAACUGGAAGGCCGUGUGGAUGCACGAGCCCCGGGGCCGCGGGGAGUGGGAGCUGUACGACCUGUCCCGGGACCCCGGCGAGCUCAACGACCUGGCCGCCGUCGAGAAGGAGAUCAUGAAGGAGAUGAUCGGCCACUGGGAGCAGUACUAUGCCGAGACGGGCAUGUUCGACAUCCCCUUCGAGAUGGCCACGGCCAAGGGGUAA